CCCUAUCAAGCUAAGUCUGCUGUCGUCCUGUAACGCCCUUUUCCGCUUUUCUUUCUCUCUCUCCGUCCUCUUUCUAUCUUAUCUUUCUCUCUAUCUGCUCUGUCAAGCUAUAUCUCUUUAUCACUUCCAAUUGUAUCAACCUAUUACUUAUGGAGCAAGCGCUCUGCGACGAUAACGAGGAUGACUUGUUCUACUUCGAUCCUUUUGAACUGGCGUUGAGCCCCAUCGAUCAAGACAUCACCACCCAGCGAAACCGGCCCAUGGAAGCAAGUGGACAGCACAAUACAGGACCUAAUGGCAUGCUGGGCAAGGGCAAGAGCCCCUCGUUGCCGAUGCCCAUCCCAGCAGUAGCUUCCUGUUGCGAUUCCCCUAUAACACCUCCAGGAGUGAUGCCGCCUACCGCUGAAUCAUCUUUCGAGGGUACUUCGUCAUCAUCCGUUUCCAUUACAAGGGAACAUAAUACGAUAUUGGUAUCACCAGAUAAGAUUAGCGUUCGGGGAGAAGACCACGAUACACGACUCGCCGAAUCAUCGAGCAAUGAUGAUUGUAUGUUUAUGAAUGCCUCAUUGCUCGGCAAAGGGAAAGGAAGGGAUCUAGCUUACACGUUGCCUCCACUCUUAUUCUCUACAAGCGACUUGGAAUAUCGCACCGUUGGCUGGCCGUCCGCUGAUCCUGGCUCCCCAACCCCCACUGCAGGACCUUCCUCUUACGGUUCAACUCACACCUCACCUCCCUGCGCAUCCUCUAGUCUAUCUCACUCGGGCUCCCAGGCCCCUGAGAAUAGUGUGCAACAGCAUCCGGGACUGACAAGAGUGCCCUCUCGGAGGCGAUCACUGUCCAACCUGUCAAUACAUUCCACACGUUCCUUAGCUGCUCGAUCUAUGUCGAGGAUUAAAGUUAAACUGGGCUCAUCAUCCAAGGGCCCAGGUAAUCUUGCCCGUAGAUUAUUGUUCAGGAAUAAGGCCAGUGCAGCCACGACAUCAAUAGAUCUCAGCCCUGCCGGCUCUGUUUCCGAUCCUUUCUUAGGGGACCCCAUAACGGUUGGGCAAGCUAAUUGCCUUCCAUCAUGGAAAAGCCCCGAUUUCCAGCCUUGUCCGGACCUCGAGUAUCCAUCAGAUACACCAACAAUUCAACAGAGCGUCGGUGGUCCUGAGAGCCUCAGUAGCAUCACAGGCAAAGGCCGUUCAUAUUCCUCUCCGCUCCCUCAGUCUGUCUUUGACAUCAUUCCUCAUGGCACUAGUGACGUCUUUGUCCCCGUGCCUUUAGCCCUGCGAAAUCUCUUCGAUGAGGCUUUGCCCAGAGAACUGAAAUUGCAGGUCUUCUCAGCCUUAAUUUCCCUGCACGAAGACGAAUUUCAGCUGUGGAAGUCGUCGGGACGAUGGACUGCCUCGAGGGCAUCGUCAUCCAAGUAUCGCUGGAUAGGGAGAGAUCGUGGGAUGCGCGAAUUGGUGAAGCUGAGCAGGGUGUCAAAAGCGUGGCGUUCACUUGUCUUUGAUGGUCAGCUGUGGAUGGAUGUCGACCUCAAGGCAUUCCCAAACCUUCCGGCGCCCUUCCUUCUGCGUCUUGCAGAGACGCUUGGGCCAUUCAUCAAGAACGUGGAUCUUACCGGGCACAUAAAGCUCGAUCACAGCACUCUGGGACAAGUCACGACCAGCCUUUGUGUACGCUCCGCGCCAACCAUCGACUUCGCCUAUACACAACUCUUGGACGUAAACCUGACAGGUUGCAAUGCGCUGACGACGCAGUCAUUACACAACCUCAUCAUCCACUCCCCGUUUUUGCGCAGCCUUUGCGUCAAAGGGUUGAAGGCCGUCGACAACACUACUUUCGACGUUCUUGCACUCUGCCCCCACCUGACAUCCCUGAACAUGGGUCGUUGUUCCAAUAUUAAUGGAGACGGGCUCCACCGAUAUGCUAAUGCCGUGCUAGAGCGCCACGGCCAGCUUGCGCUGAAGGAGCUCAGACUAUGCGGAUUGGAGGGUAUUUAUGACCAGGUCCUGGGAGUUUUAGGCAGAGCAGCGCCCUCGCUGGAAACCCUUGACCUGAGCUAUUCUCGUACCCUGCACAACUCGGCGUUGGAGGCUUUUGUGGCAUGUGGAGAAGAAGAGAAGGCAACGGAGAGCGUGGUGCUGACUGCACGUGAGGCUGGGCGAGAUGUACGUGAUAAUGGGCGCUACCGAAGGCGAAUCACGAAGCUCCGACAUCUGUCGCUCUCGAAUUGCAAGCUGCUAACAGACAUCGCAUGCUCCAAUUUAGCGUAUGCGGUGCCACGUCUAGAGCUGUUGGAACUAGCGAGCAUUGGGACGGCGAUGAAAGAUGAGGGGAUUGUGAGGCUUUUGGAGACGACGCCACUUCUCCGAAAGCUGGAUCUUGAAGAUAACGCGGAUAUCACCGACGCCGUCCUGAGCGCACUGACCCCAAGUCCUCCAGAGGGUUCCAGAUCAGGGUCAACACAGCCCCUGCAGACGGGACAGGCGCUGGAGCACCUGGUUGUGUCAUAUGCUACCAGUCUCAGCAACGAGGCCUUCCUUUCUCUCAUCCAUAACUGCCCUCGCCUUAGGGUGUUGGAGGCAGAUAGCACAUGCAUAUCUGGGGCUGUCCUCCAAGAGUUCGUGCGACAGGCGCACGAACAUAAUGUGUCCGAUGCUACCCUGGUUGCUAUCGACUGUCGUGCCGUGGGUGAGGGCUCUAUCAAGGAUGUUGCUGCGAUAACCCGCCCUCGCAAAGGCUGGUGUGGCUGGGACGCGCGGAAGCUCGCGUACUUGGACGGUCGGGACAAGGAAGAAUUGAAAGUAGGGCAGGACGAGUGCGAUGAGAAGCGCAUCGUGAUCAAGUCAUUUUAUAAUUGGCAAGUUGUGGAUGCUGUUCGAGCUGCGCGAGAGCGGCGUCGGCGAAAUUCCCGGCGUGCAGGCAACGGAUCCUCAGAUAAUCUUGAGGAUGCUGCCCAAGUUUCGGGGCGCAUGCGGUGGUGGUCUCCCGCUGGGAGGCGUUCGCUCGGUACCAACACCCCAGAUGGGGCGAUUGUUGAUCGAGAGGGAUGUAUCAUGAUGUAGACCUUUUAUACUAGUACGCUUUAAUUUUCCUUUUGAUCUGUUUUGCAAAGUUGAUUGUACACUUUACCCACGUAACGAGCAUUCUUCGAUGUAUUACUGAUAUUUCCCUGUUGUUCACGAGUAGGUUAAUUGUAUUAUUCCAGAUCAUGAUGUAAAGAAUGAGAGAAGCGGAGACAGUAGUCCCAGUACGUGGCUGGCGUUAACCUGUCGACU